UAUGCGGUCAAUAAUCAUAACAAAGACGGAAAAGAGUAGAAAACGUAGGGAAAUAUUCAGCAGUUAUAGUGUGUAUGCAGAGGGAUUGUGCUUUCCAUAUACUUAAUGACCAAUAACAAUUCAUUGUUUUUCAAGUGGAAGACUGGACACCGAUGGUUAUUAAAGUGAAUGAAGGUUGGAGACAAUAUUGCAAGGAAAGUGCCAAACAUAGAAGAAUUCAGUCAAACACUGACAACAUUGUACAGUUUGAUUGCUAUGAAGUUGCCAUAAUAAGUAUUUGUGUGUGAAUCUAGUGUGGGGAUAUAAAGGUCACUGGACAGUCAAGGUCACUGUAAGGUCAAGGUCAAUAGUUGUAAUGGGAGCUACGGAGGAACAAGUAGUUGAUGCAGCAAAUAUUCCGGCAUUUUCCAUGAUGGAUUCAUCACGAGUCUCAACGUUUGUAAUCUCAAUUCUUCUCAUCGUCUAUGGAAGCUUCAGAUCCCUGAUGUUGGAGCAGGAGAACAAGGAGAAAGAGAAGGAGAGACAUGGGUCUGAGCCAGACAAUGGUAGGAACUUCCUUUCCCCUGGUGUCCAGACUAUAGACACAUGUCAGGCUGCGUUUCUCCCCAUCGGGGCCUCCAUUUCUCUUCUUAUCAUGUUCCUGUUCUUCGACUCACUUCAGAUGGUCUUUGCCAUUUGUACAGCAGUGUUGGCAACUGUAGCAUUUGCCUUCCUUCUGCUGCCGAUGUGCCAGUACUUAAUGAGGCCUUGUUCAAAUGGGCAAAAAAUUUCCUUUGGCUUGUGUGGAAGGUUCACAGCAGCUGAACUGGUGUCAUUUUUCCUAUCGUUCAUUCUUGUUUGUUUCUGGGUGCUUACCGGACAUUGGCUCCUCAUGGAUGCACUGGGUAUGGGCCUGUGCGUGGCAUUCAUUGCACUUGUCCGUCUUCCAAGUCUGAAAGUGUCCACCCUUCUCCUAGUGGGACUUCUCAUAUAUGACGUCUUCUGGGUGUUCUUUUCCUCUUACAUAUUUAGUGCCAAUGUGAUGGUGAAGGUAGCAACCAGGCCAGCAGAAAAUCCUGUUGGGAUGCUCGCCAAGAAGUUCCACUUCACGGGUCUGGUUAGAGACGCUCCUAAACUGUCUCUACCUGGAAAACUUGUCUUUCCAAGCAUGCAGAAUUCUAGUCACUUCUCAAUGCUGGGUCUUGGAGAUAUAGUGAUGCCAGGCCUGCUUCUUUGUUUCGUGUUGCGAUAUGAUGCAUACAAGCGGUCCCAGCUGAACAACGCUGACCAGGGGAUUCCACCACCACCUUCCUAUGUGCAGAAAAUAACAUACUUCCACUGUUCUCUCAUCGGCUACUUUCUCGGCUUGUUGACUGCCACUGUGGCCAGUGAGGUGUUCAAAGCUGCCCAGCCGGCCCUGCUGUAUCUGGUGCCCUUCACACUUCUACCACUCCUCACCAUGGCUUACCUCAAGGGUGACUUGCGAAGGAUGUGGAAUGAACCUUUCUUGGUAACUCAACCCCCAAAGGACCUGGAUGUCUAACGAGAACCACAGAGCUUCUAGUCUCAUAGAAAUAUAAUCUCAUUCUCAGUGAAAUUGACAUUGAAAAAGUGUGUAAAUUGAUGCUGGAAAGUGUGUAAUAUAACACUGGGAAAGUGUGUAUAUUUGACAUGGAGAAAAAUCAGUAAAUGACACUGAUACAGUGUAAACUGUCACUGAAAAAGUAUGUAAAGUGCCGCUUGAUAAGUGUGUAUUGACACUGGAAGAAGGUGUAUUGACACUUUUGCAAAUUAACACUGGAAUAGUGUAAAAGUGACCCUGAAAAAGUUUUCAGAUUGACACUAGUAAGUGACACUGAAAAAGAUUGCAUUUGACUCUGAAAAGUGCACAUUCUACACGAGAAAAGUGUGCAUUUAUACAUUAUAGAAUGUCUAUAUUUGUGAAACAAAAUGUGAAUUAUGGAACUGUGGAAUAUUGUGUUUAAUAGUGAUUUCUUGUUGGUAAAAUGGCUGACAUUUAAUUGUUUGGAAAUAGAAAUGUACCAAGCAAGAAAACACAAGAUACCAAUAGGUUGAAUAGACUUAUUUAAAGCACUUCUCGACCACUUCACAUUAUUUGCUUUCUUCUGGUGGUAGUGUUGAGAUGUUGAGAUAACAGGAGGUUGAACAGAGUAAUUUAAAGCAGUUCUUGACCACCACACAUUAUUCGCUUUCUUCUGGUGGUUGUGUUUAGAUACUAUGGUCACCUUUUUAAGUAUUUGUGUUUAUUUUACAGUUGUACAUCAGUUAGUUCCGUGCAAGGACAUCAAAAUAAAGACUGUUUUUAGACUUUUUCAGUGCAAUGUGUUCAAUAUAUACUUUCGGUUUCCUAAUGACUAUUAAUGUAUCAAGAUUCUUUUUUAUCUAUAUUUUCAAUCUAUUAUUUUGUAUGUACAUGUAUUCUGGUGUACGGAGUUUGUGUAGUGAUUUUUUCAUUGUGAUACAGUCAACAGUGCAGUUCUACUCGCGAGUCAAUAAUACCAUAUCAGAUACUGAUGAUUUGUAAGAUGCAUUUAAUACAUUAAUUUUGAGUCAAAGCCACACUAAUACAAACAAGUCAUUGCUAAUGUUAUAACAGUAAUUGAAGUAUGUUUUGUGUUGCCUGAAAAGGCAAUAAUGAGGUAUACUUUAUUACCCUUGGUGACGCCAGUGGCGUUAGCAAAACCUUGUGCAGUUAAUUGUAAUAAAACAUAGUGACUUGGUUUCUGGGUAAAAUGACUUGGUCAAGUGCAUUUAUGAAACUCUGCAACAUUGUUCCACAAACAUAUUAGUUGAAUGUCUUGUGUAGACAAUAACUUAUGUAUUUAUUACCCGAUUGUUAUGAAACUUGGUGACAAUAUUUUGGCCAUAAUGUCAUGGUUAAGUUCUAUCCUUGGGUAAAUUGCUUCAGCAACUCCGGAGUUAUUUCCCUUUUACAGUAAAGUCCGGUUGCUUUAUUAUUCUGACAGUGAAUUACUUAUUAUCCACACGGGAUUAAAAUAGUGCCAGUGUUAGUAGGCAUAAUGUCUUGACCAAGUUAGCUGUGAGAUAAAUACCACAGUGAUGUCCUUUUUACAGUAUUAUGCAGUUGGGUUAUUUUUGUAUCGUGUAUAAUUCAGUAAUCAGACAAAGUUCUCAAUUUACUACAAGAUUUUGUUCCUUUCACAUGAAAUUUAAUGCUAUAUUAGGUUUGGCUAUAAUAGGGUUUUAGCUGUAGAGUAGGGUGCUGCACACUGUCCUGUUUGGUGGCACCCUUCUGCCGGCAUUUGCACCUUCCUGCUUCCUAAUAAACCCUAGGCUAUGACGGGCGCUUUAAACAGAGGACACAUGUAAUUCCACGGAGAGUUUUAAUCUUUGAUUUGAAAUUUUUAAAAAAUCAUCUAGUUCACUGCACAUUUGUAAUCAAACCCAUGUACGGAGGACUUUCUUUAUGUUUUUU